AUAAAAACUAGUGUCUCGUCUCCAUUCUACCUUACAUUCAACCAACACCUGAGAGGGAGAAAGGAGGAUCUAAAACAAGAAUCCGCUAUAAAGAAAAAGAAAAAAAUGAAAACCCUAAUAAUAUGGUGCCUUGUCUCUCAAGCAAUCAUCCUAACGUGCAACUCAGCCGGCUCAGGAAGAGGAGACGUCGAUUUCACCAUAGUCAUAAAAAACGAAAUGCACCACUUCAAAAAACCAGCGGUUUUCUACCAUUGCACAUCGAAAAAGAAAGACAUGGGGUGGCACAGAUCGGUCCCGUCGACAGAGUAUCAUUGGAGCUUCAAAGUCCCCAAGUUCGGUAACGGCGUGAUGAUCCACAAAUGUGAGUUCAGGUCGAGGCUAGGAACAGCGAAUAUUGAGAUUGACACGUUGUCUACGACAGCGAUUCUGUGUGACGGGCAUAUAUGCGAAUACGCGGUUAGACGUAACGGGAUUUAUUUUAUUGGAUACGAGUUGUAUUAUCCGUUUGGAGUGUUUAUAGAAUUGUCGAGGCCCGUGGAGAAGCUAGUCGAGCCGUGGACGCCUUGGUCGCCGCAACAGCUCAAAGCUUUGCACCGCAGCAAGGACUACCAUCAUUGAUCAAUACAUAUAUUGACUACUACAUCAAAUAUUGUUGAUUAUGGAAUAUGACUUAAA